AUGCCCGACAUUAUCCCUCCCAUGGUUGAGGCCAUCUGGGGUGAGUUUUCCGAGUCGGCGUGCUUUAAUUCUCGCACAGUGAGCCCGUGCUGAUGAAUCUUGCCUCCACCCUCCCCCGCAGACACCAAGGCCGACGUCAAGAAGGCCGCCCGCGCCUCGUUGACCAAGUUGACCGCGCUCGUCUCGAACAAGGAUAUCGAAAAGUUCAUCCCCGCUCUGAUCAACGCGCUCAUCAACCCGAUCGAGGAGGUGCCCAAGACGAUCCAGCUGUUGGCCGCGACGACGUUCGUGUCCGAGGUCGACUCGCCUACGCUCGCGCUCAUGGCCCCGCUCCUGUCGCGUGGUUUGAACGAGAAGCUUACGUCGACCUUGCGCAAGGUCGCGACCAUCAUCGACAACAUGGCCAAGCUCGUCGACAACGAGUGGACCGUCCGACCGUUCUUGCCCAAGCUCUUGCCCGGUCUGAUCAAGGUCAGCACCACGAUCGCCGACCCGGAAGCGCGUGGUGUGGUGAUCAAGGCGAUCAAGACCCUGCGCGAGAUCGGCAACACCGAGGGCGACGGAACGGACUUGCCGCCCUUGCGUCACCAGACGACCGAGGGUGCCGCCCCCUUGGUCGUCGAUGCGAUCAAGAAGACCGACUCGGCGUCCAAGCUCGAUGCGUCAUCGCCGUUGGUGCACUAUAUCGCGUCGCUCGUCGCCAAUUUGGUCAACGCGCGCAACUUUGAGCCGACCGAAUGGGACUCGGCUCUCGUUCCCUAUGUCUCGCUCGCGCUCCCCCACUCAAUCCGUGCCAACCAGGCGCAGACCGUCGUGCGCGCCGUGCUCGAAAAGUCGGCGUCCGACGAGGGCGAGGAGAUCGAGGUGUUCCCCGAUGAGGAGGAGGGCGAGGACUUGUGCAACUGCACCUUCUCGCUCGCUUACGGUGCCAAGAUCUUGCUCAACACCGCGACGCUCCGUCUCAAGCGUGGCCACCGCUACGGUUUGUGCGGUCGCAACGGUACGGGCAAGUCGACGCUCAUGCGCGCGAUCGACAACGGCCAGGUUGAGGGUUUCCCUUCGCCCGACGAGGUGCGCACCUUCUACGUCGAGCACGAUGUCGACGGUGACGAGACCGAGAACACGAUCAUCUCGUUCGUGCUCAAGGACAAGCGUAUCCUCAAGGACGAGGCCGAGUGCCGCCGCGUGCUCGACACGGUCGGGUUCACGCCCGAGCGACAAGAGUCGGCGAUUGGCUCGCUGUCCGGUGGAUGGAAGAUGAAGCUCGCGUUGGCGCGUGCCAUCCUGUUCGAGGCCGAUAUUCUCUUGCUCGACGAGCCGACGAACCACUUGGACGUGCUUAACGUCGCCUGGCUCGAGAACUACCUCACGUCGCUGACGACGUGCACGUCCAUCAUCGUCUCGCACGACUCGGGCUUCCUCAACAACAUCACGACCGACAUUUUGCACUUGAACCGCUUCAAAGUCAAGCGUUAUCCCGGUAACUUGCAAGCGUUCAUCAAGCACGUGCCCGAGGCCAAGGCCUACUACGAACUCUCGGUCGAGGAGGAGUACCAGUUCAAGUUCCCCGAUCCCCCUCUGCUCGACGGUGUCAAGACGAAGGAGAAGUCGUUGAUGAAGAUGCGUCACGUCGGUUUCCAGUACCCCGGCACGGCCGCACCGCAGUUGUACGACAUCUCGCUGCAGGUCUCGUUGUCGUCGCGUGUCGCCGUCUUGGGCCCCAACGGAGGUGGAAAGUCGACCUUGGUCAAGCUGCUCGUCGGCGAGACCGAGCCCAACAAGGGCGGUGAGGUGUGGAAGCACCCCAACUUGGUGCUCGGAUACGUCGCGCAGCACGCGUUCCACCACAUCGAUUGCCAUCUCGACAAGACCCCGCUCGAGUACAUGCUCCAGCGAUACCAGACCGGCGAGGACUUGGAGGAGCUCAGCAAGGGCAACCGCAUCCUGUCCGAGGAGGAGCAGAAGAAGAUGAAGGAGGGUUCGAUCGUCGUCGUCGAGGGCGUGAAGCGCACGAUCGAGGACGUGACGAACCGCAAGAAGCUGAAGCAGUCGUUCGAGUACGAGUGCUCGUUCAAGGGCAUGUCGUCGUCCGAGAACAUCUGGUUGCCGCGCGACGAGCUCAUCCGACGUGGUUUCGAGAAGAAGGUUAUGGAGGUCGACACGCGCGAGGCGCAAAAGGCCGGUCUGCUGCGCCCUCUCGUCCGUCGCGAGAUCGAGCUGCACAUGGCCGACUUUGGUCUCGAGGCCGAGUUCGUGACGCACAACACGAUGCGAGGUCUUUCCGGUGGACAGAAGGUCAAGGUCGUGCUCGCUGCCGCGACAUGGCGACGACCGCACGUCGUCAUCCUCGACGAGCCGACAAAUUACCUCGACCGAGAGUCGCUCGCCGCGCUCAUCGCCGCGCUGAAGACGUUCGAGGGUGGUGUGCUCGUCAUCACACAUAACCGCGAGUUCUCCGAGUCGAUCUGCACCGAAGUGUGGGCCAUGAACCAGGGUUACCUCGAGGCGUCCGGCCACAACUGGGUCGAAGGUCAGGGCUCCGGCCCGCGCAUCGACAAGGUCGACGAGGAGGAGAAGGACGUCUUUGACGCCAUGGGCAACAAGAUCGAGCAGAAGAAGGGCCCCAAGAAGCUGUCGUCGUCGGAUGCCCGCAAGGCCAAGAAGGCCCGCAUGGCCCGCAAAAAGCUCGGACUUCCCUCCGACGACGAGGAGGAGCUGUAG